AUGAGUCCCCAGCCACCAAAAUCCCACCGUCGCCGCCAAUCCAACACCCCCAAAACACCACCAACUCUCCCCGAAGAGCUCAUCACCGAUAUCCUCUCCCGCCUCACUGUCAAACAUCUGAUGCAGAUGAAAUGCGUGAGUAAAUCCUGGAACACUCUCAUAACCGAUCCUGUUUUCACCAAAAUGCAUUUCAGUAGAUCUGCAUUGAAUCCAUUUUUUUCGUUAAUAUCUAAUAAUUUAUCCGCUCGGGACGGUGAUUGCAGUUUCGUAACCGUUCCGGUUAAUCGGUUACUCGAAAACCGCUAUAUCACCGUUCCCAAGAGUCCUUACUUCCGAUUGAGGGAUAAGGAGUGUCGCGAUGUUGUUGGAUCUUGCAAUGGAUUGGUUUGUUUGAUUGGUUAUUCGAUUAACGAGUGGACUAAGUAUAAAAGAGUGUGGUUCCGUUUCUGGAACCCUGCUACUAGAUCAAUAUCGGAAAAAUUAGGUUAUUUUUUUUAUUAUGAUAAGAAUGAAAGAAAAUCUAUUAAGUUUGUGUUUGGUUAUGAUAAUUCAACUGAUACUUAUAAGGUGGUGAUGUUGCGUUCGGGUUGUGAGAGUGAUCCUGAAUCGAAAGUCAGUGCGAAAGCGUUUAGUUUCGGGGGUAAUGUUUGGAGAAACAUUCAGAGUUUUCCUGUGGUUCCGCUUCAAUUGGUUAUGGAUCCGAGGGAGAACAAUGGUGUUGUGAAGGAGAAUGAUGGUAUUUAUUUGAGUGGCAGUAUUAAUUGGUUAGCUUAUCGUGAUGACGAUAACCUAAGGAAGGAUAAUCCGGUUGAGAAAUAUGUGAUUGUUUCUCUUGAUCUUGGUACGGAGACAAACACACAGUUUUUGCUCCCGGAAGGUUUUGAGAAGGAGUCAUAUGUAGGGCCAAGUGUUUGUGUGUUGAAAGAUUCCCUUUGUUUUUGUCAUGAUUUGGAUUUGACGGAUUUUGUUAUAUGGCAGAUGAUGGAAUUCGGAAAUGAAAAGUCUUGGACUCAGUUUCUUAAAUUUAGUUAUCAUAGUGUUCGGAUGAAUUAUGAAUUUGGACUUCCGCUUUUGAAAUUAAUGCCGUUGCAUCUAUCUGAGAAUGAGCAAGGAAAACUAUACUUAAUACUAAGAUAUGUUGGCCCUCCCUCAAGGAUUAUGUUGAAAGCUUGGUUUCAACUUCUUGAAAAUCCACAACCUCAACUUUGA